CGUUUUCGGAAUUAGCCUGCCGCCUUUCGGUUCCUUUCAAUUUCCGCUGAUAAGACCCACGAGUUCGGACAACAGACUCGAUUCAUGAUAUCCCCGCCAAGACGUAAACGAAAACAGAAUUUAGAACGUGUGGUGUCUCGGUUCUCGUGUGGUCCACCCCAAAAUUAGUUGGUGUAAAAAUUUAUUUAAAAAUAAAAAAAUAAACAAUUCGAACCCCAAAUUAAAAGAAAAGGAAAGCUAAAGAGAGCUUUUACUUUUCUGCUGAACAAAGAAGAUAGUUAGAUUCCAAAUCUAAAAUGUCUUUUAUAAAUAGUCUACUUUCUUCCCCUGAUUAAUAAGAUAAAUUAAAAAAAAAAAUUAGUGGUUGCUAAAAGCCAGUCGCGUGUGAGCAAGAAUCAAAUUUCAAAAUUACAAGUAAAUUUUUCGAAAGUGAAAAAUGCCACCUCAAGAAAAUUUUGUGCCUGAAGCAGAGCAUGUGUCAGAAAAUAAAGUGUGUGGGGGUAUUUCCCAAAAUCCGUGCAAUAUUUCCACAAUUAGUCAAAAUGUGGAGUUGCCAAAAAAACAAAAAACCAGUGGAAGGGAUAUGGAUUUUGACGAAUUAUUACCCUACGUCGGGGAAUUUGGAGUUUACCAAAAAAUUCUUUUUGUGCUUAUGAUUCCUUUUGCAUUUUUUGUUGCCUGGGUCUACUUUUCACAAAUUUUUAUCACUCUCGUACCGGAAGAGCACUGGUGUCGUGUUCCAGAAUUGGAGAACCUGACGAUGGAAGCAAGGGUAGCAUUAUCCAUUCCUCCCGGCACAAAUCAUGGUAACCACGUGACUCGAUCGAAAUGUUCGAUGUAUGCCGUAAAUUAUACGGAGAUCCUCGAAAAAGGAAUAAUCGUGGCUGAUCCGAAGUGGCCUAUCACAAAUUGUAAACACGGCUGGGAAUUCAAUUACACGGUCAUACCUUAUCCGACCGUGGCAACCGAGCUCGAAUGGGUUUGUGAAAACGCGGCUCUGCCAACAUUUGCACAAAGUAUUUUCUUCAUUGGAGCGAUUUUUGGAGGCCUAAUUUUUGGAUGGAUUGCCGAUCGAUAUGGAAGAAUUCCAGCCUUGGUUGGGACCAACAUUGUUGGAUUUUUGGCAGGAGUUGCAACAGCAUUUUCCACAAAUUUUUGGGAAUUUGCAGCAUGUCGUUUCCUUUUUGGAUUCGCCUUCGACAACUGUUUCACCAUGAUGUAUAUUUUAGUUUUAGAAUACGUGGGACCAAAAUGGCGGACAUUUGUGGCGAACAUGUCAAUCGCACUUUUCUUCACAUUCGCAGCCUGCGUUUUGCCCUGGAUUGCAUAUUAUUUGGCAGAUUGGAGGAUGACUUGUAUAGUUACAUCAGUUCCUCUGGUUCUGGCUUUGGCAACUCCAUGGCUUGUUCCUGAAAGUGCCCGAUGGCUCGUCAGUCAAGGAAAAAUUGACAAGGCCAUUGAAAUCCUGAGAAAAUUUGAAAGAAUUAAUGGUACCAAAGUACCAGAAGACAUCUACGACGAUUUUAAGGAUACCUGUGCGAAAAUACAAAAAGAAGAAGAAGCAGGAAAAUCGUAUUCAGUAUUGGAUCUUUUCAGAAGUCCACGUCUCAGAAAUAUUACUCUUCUUCUCAUAGUAAUUUGGAUGGUGAUAUCGUUGGUGUUUGACGGCCAUGUGCGAAAUGUGGAUAAUCUGGGACUUGACGUUUUUGUCACGUUCAGUAUCGCAUCAGCAACCGAACUUCCGGCGGAUACGUUUCUCACCCUGGUGUUAGAUAGGUGGGGUCGUCGGUGGCUUGCCUGUGGCUCUUUAAUCGUAUCUGGGAUUUUCAGCAUUUGGGCUUCUUUGGUUUCUGAUCAUAUUUACGCUGCCAGUCUGGCCAUAAUGGGAAGGUUCUGCGUGAAUAUUUCCUACAACAUCGGUUUGCAAUAUGCAGCUGAAUUGUUACCAACUGUUGUUCGAGCUCAAGGUGUGGCACUGAUUCACAUAAUGGGAUAUGUAGCCAGCAUUGCUGCCCCAUUUGUCGUUUAUCUGGACAUAGUCUCGCCCAUUUUGCCACUUCUCGUUUUGGGAAUUCUGGGAAUUGUGGGUGGUGUGCUUUCCCUACUUUUGCCAGAAACGCUUGAUAAGGACCUGCCACAGACUCUUCAGGAUGGGGAGGACUUUGGAAGGGAUCAAGGCAUUUGGGACGUGCCAUGUCUCAUGAAGUAA